UGCUCUUUACGCUUGCGGUUGCCGUUCCCGCCCGGCUCCUUCCUCUCUUCUUCCUGCUGGCUGCGGGGCGCCGCUGCCCGGGGCUAUGGCGGGGGCCUCUGGCAGACGGUAGCUCGGCCGGCGGCAGAUCCAACACCAGACUCAAGAGCUUGACACAUCUUGCCUAAUGGAAUUGCUCAGACUUGCACUGCUGUAAAAGAAGAGAUUUGGAUUCUUCAUAGUUGGCACUGAAUUGACCCACUUUUACUGAAUUUCCAUGGAAUGCAGAUCAUGCCACUGGCCUGCAUUUGGGAAAAGGAUGAGUUCUGUGUUUCCCUCAGGAGUCUUCAAACACAUUUUCUAAAUUACCUUUUAGUCAUCUUCUAAGUGAGCUUAUGUGAAACAAAUGGUAUUGCAUCAUGAGUGAGGAAAAAAGCUUUGGCGUAUCUCAGAAAAUGUUGUCUCCUUCAAGAAGUACUAGCAGCUGCUCCUCCAAGCAGGGCAGUCGACAGCAGGACAGCUGGGAAAUCAUAGAAGGACUCCGGGGAGCAAUGAAUUAUACCCAGGAGCCACAGAAACAGGAGGGAUGCUUGCUGAAAAAGAGGAAAUGGCCUUUGAAGGGUUGGCACAAGAGAUACUUCUUUUUGGACAGAGGGAUUUUGAAGUAUUCUAAAUGCCAAGCUGAUAUAGAGAGAGGGAAGCUUCAUGGCUGUAUUGAUGUUGGACUUUCUGUCAUGUCUGUAAAGAAAUCAACAAAAUGUAUAGAUUUGGAUACAGAGGAGCAGAUAUAUCAUCUGAAGGUGAAAUCUCAGGAGCUGUUCGAUGAAUGGGUAGCAAAACUUCGUCAUCACAGAAUGUACCGUCAGAAUGAAAUCUCCAUGUUUCCUCAUGAUGUCAGUAAUCUUUUCUUCCCUGUAUCUACUACUACGGACCCUGUCCCUGGUUUCUGUGAUCCUACUCCAGGUAGAAAGGCAGGCAGCUUGACCAAACAGAAUUCGUUGUCAGCUGGAGGUAACUUGUCAUUUUCCUUUUCGAGUAAUGAGUCCAGAAUUUCAUCUUGGCUACAGUCUUCUGAAGACAUGGAAAAAUGCUCAAGAGACCUCUCCAACUGUCACACAUAUUUACUGGAGAUGAACCAACUGUUACAGAGCAUGGAUGUUCUUCACAGGACAUAUUCAGCGCCUGCUAUAAAUGCUAUGCAGGUUGGUCCUUUUGAAAGCCCAAAGAAGGAAAAGAGAACACACAGGAGAUGGCGAUCCAGAGUUGUUGGGAAGGAGACGAAAGCAGUGUUACAGGUGCCUUCGGUAUUUUCUGCCCCUAUGAGACUGCAUGCUUCCAAUCCCAACUUAUCUACAAUAGAUUUUGUAGAGGAUAAAAAUUACUCUGAUGGCUCUGAAACAUCAUCAGAAUUUACUAAAAUGCAGGAGGACUUAUUUCACGUUGCACAUAAAGUUUACUUCACCUUGAGGUCAGCUUUCAGCACCAUAUCUACAGAGAGAGAAAAGCUGAAGCAGAUGCUGGAGCAUGAUGCGUCCUCAUCUCCAUCUGCACAAAUAGUUGGCUUGAAGAAUGCCUUAACAUCUGCAAUAGCACAAAACACAGAUCUUAAAGACCGGUUACGCAGAAUACAUGCCGAAUCUAUGAUCCUUGAUUCAGCAUCUAAUGCAAAAUCAAGUCCAGAUUUGGUGAAGGAAAAUUCAAGAGAAGAAAGCAGAGGUCUGGUUCACCAGGUCUCCAAUGAAAGCAGACUGUCCAUAGCUGACUCCCUCACAGAAUUUUUUGAUGCACAGGAAGUCCUAUUGUCUGCUAGCUCUUCAGAAAAUGAGGUAUCAGAUGAUGACUCAUAUGUAAGUGAUAUCAGUGAUAAUGUCUCGGAAGAUAAUUUAAGCAAUGAUAUGGAGAAUGAAAGACAAACUUUAGACUGUAUUUCUGAAAGUGGAGUUGAAUGCAAUUCUAAACGGAGAACAUGUUUGCCAGCUCCAUGUCCUAAUACGAGUAACAUCAGCCUAUGGAACAUCCUGAGAAAUAACAUAGGAAAGGAUCUCUCCAAAGUGGCCAUGCCUGUUGAAUUAAAUGAGCCACUUAACACCCUUCAGCGUCUCUGCGAGGAGCUGGAGUACAGCGAGCUGCUGGAUACAGCAGCGAGUACACCAAAUCCAUUUGAACGGAUGGUGUAUAUAGCUGCUUUUGCAGUCUCUGCAUAUGCAUCCAGUUACUACCGAGCUGGAAGUAAGCCAUUUAAUCCUGUGCUUGGAGAAACCUAUGAAUGUAUUCGUGAAGAUAAGGGUUUCCAGUUCUUUGCAGAACAGGUCAGCCAUCAUCCACCUAUUUCUGCAUGCCAUGCUGAAUCUGUGAAUUUUGCUUUUUGGCAAGAUGUAAGAUGGAAAAACAAAUUCUGGGGCAAGUCCAUGGAAAUUGUUCCAGUUGGUACAACACAUGUAACUCUUCCAGCUUUUAAAGACCAUUUUACAUGGAACAAGGUAACAUCUUGCAUCCAUAACAUCUUAAGUGGGCAAAGAUGGAUUGAACACUAUGGAGAGAUCAUCAUCAAAAAUCUUAAUGAUGACACUUGCCACUGCAAACUGACUUUCAUAAAGGCAAAGUAUUGGAGUCCCAAUGCACAUGAGAUUGAAGGCAGUGUCAUGGAUAAAGCUGGGAAAGUUGUGCAUCGACUCUUUGGGAAGUGGCACGAAAGUUUAUACUGUGGGACAACUUCAUCUUCAAACUGUAUAUGGAGAGCAAAUCCAAUGCCUAAAGAUUAUGAACAGUGGUAUGGAUUUACUCAAUUUGCACUGGAGUUAAAUGAACUAGACCUGCAAACUAGGUCAUUUCUCCCAGCUACUGAUACACGCUUUAGGCCAGACCAAAGGUUUCUAGAAGAAGGAAAUAUUGAAGCAGCUGAAAUGCAAAAGCAGAGGAUUGAGCAGCUGCAGAGAGAGAGACGGAAGGUGCUGGAAGAAAACAAUCUAGAGCAUCAGCCUAGAUUUUUCAGGAAAUCCAACGAUGACUCCUGGGUGAGCAAUGGAACCUACAUGGACCUUAGAAGGGAACCUGGCUUUUCCAAACUGGACAAUCCUGUCCUAUGGUGAAAGAGGAGCCGAGUGAAGAUACUCUAUGCUGUAUUCUUGGAAAUGGUUUAAAAGAAAUAUAUAUAAAUUAUAUCUAUAUACACACACACACAUAUAAUAUAUGUGUGGGGUAUGUGUGCAAGUGUGCAUAUCUCCAGAAUUGUGCUUAAUUUGGAAUCUGAUUAUUCAUUUGUUUCAUUUACUCUGACUAUUGCAGUGAUUGUUUGAAUGUAUAAAUGCCCUAACUUCUUUUUAUAAAAUAUUUAAUAAAUAGUACUGAAUGUUAACAGUGAGAGGGGAAAAGAGGAGCUUUUACACUACUUUUCCAACAUGUAAUAAUGUCAGUUCCGAGUUAACAUAUGCCUUAUUGAAUUGCAUUGGAGACAGUAGCAUCAGCAUCUCCUAGCUGUGCUGAGAAAACAGAGUGCAAGCCUUAGUAACUUAGGCUUCCACAGUUGAGCUGUCUCUGGGCUGGUAUAAAUUGCUAGAAGGGAUUAUCAGCUGGUGCUGGAAUCUAAGUGUGAUCUUUUGCUGCCUGUAGAAAAGAUUUAGGUAAGCUUUCCUUUCUAAUAGCUUUGUUCUUAGCAUUAUGGAAGAGGUAGUUCUGAGCUUACAUUAGUGGUUCUACCGCCUUAUACAUAAACUGUACUCUGCUAAACGUAGUGCUAGAAAUUCAGGAACUGCCAAAAUUUUCCACUGGGAAAGAUUUCCACUUCAGAUUUAUAGCCUCCAACAGGGCAAGAGGGAGGAGAUCCUUUGUAUAUACUGCUUGAGCACUGACUAGAUGAAGAAGCUCUCUCUUUUUCCAGCAAGUAAAAUCUAUACAGAGCACGAAAUCCUGUGCUUCCAUAGCUUUCUUUGUUUUUAUUAAGCUAAAAAUGGCAACAGUCUUUUUAAAAAGUAAACAAACUGAUUGUUUUAAGCUAGAAUUUUUUUCUUAGUAUUUUGAUAUUUUCUACCUCUUAAGAAAUAAACAACAUAUUUAAGAUCUUAUAUUUAAAAAAUGACCAUCUGCCUUAUGGACAAGUGUAUGGAGUCCUUGAUCAUCUUCUGUUUGUUUGCUAUGUUCAGAUAAGUAUUCGUCUCUUGCACUAAAUCAAUUGCAUCCCUUCCUGGUAAUUUUAUGCACGUGAAACUACUAAACCAUAGGUCAGAAAUUUAGCAGGAAACAAAUACAGCAGAAAUUGCACUUUUGAAUGAAGAUUAUAGAGAUGGGCAGUAUUUUUGGGUUUUUUUCCAUCAAAUUGCAAUGCCACAGUCAUUAACAGAACAGUUUGUGUUCAUUCCUACCUAUCUGCAACUCACCUGACUCAUGAUUCUUCAGAUCUCUUCUACGUGACUCUGGCAACAAUGCAAUUUCCAAGUUAUAGAUCUAUAUCCUGUCAUCACCCUCACCCCCUUUUCUGGUUUUUUUAUGUGUCAAUUGAGUAACACAAAACAAACCCAGAUGUUGUUGGCAUGUUAAACUGGCUUACGACUGGAACAGUUGGGCAUGGCAUGGAUGAGGGAGACUCCUAGGAGGACUAGUAGCUCAGAAAAACUUGCACUUUACUAUGUGCUGCAUUUUUCUAAAGAAAGCCCAUUAAAAGUGGGUCCAUGUUUUAUAUGUAAUAUGAAGGGAAUAUUAUGAACACUUCCAUUUUAAACCAAUUCUGUGUUGUCAGAUUAGAUCUGUAUUUAAAUUUUGCUUUCUGUUACCUUGAAGCCCAUUGUCUUAGAGACAGGUGAAUGCUUUUUCACCAUUUUUUGUUUUGUCCAGGAGCUCUGCCUAACUCAUUCCUGUAACUUAUUACCAAAGAAGUUACCAUAAUUCUUUCUAUUUAAUAUAUCUUUUAAAGACUUUUCUAUCAGGUCAGCAGCUUAUAGCAAUGCAAGGUUUAUGUCAAUACGAAAAGAAAAUCUUGACCUUUGGGAGCUGUUUGGCUUUUCAAGAAAAGUGAGGAUCUGUUCAUGGCUUGUUCCUUUCCUUUGUUUUACUCUUGUAUUAACUGAUGAAACUUGGCACAGAAAUGAGUUGAUAUUUGUAAUUAUCCUUGCUGCUGGUAAUUACCGUUUGUACUAAAAAUAACAUCCAUUUAACAAGAAAAGCGGAUAAGGGAAAUAAAAAGUUUCUAAGAAAGGGAGCAAAAUUUGUGGAGGAUGCAUUAAACUUGCUUAUCAUCACAUUUGACAGCUACUGUGAUUAUUGUGUGAUCUGAUUGCUGAGUUUGCAUUUUCUAUGUAUGGAGGGGACUUCCCCAUACUUUGUCAUGUGACCUAAUAGCUGGUAGCAUCUAAAAUUAAAGGACUAGAGGCAAAAAGGCAAAGUUAAAAAAAAUUGUAAUGCAUUAAAAUCAACAAGUGUUAAACAGAAUUAAUGUCAUAUUGGGUGUUUGAGUCAUGAUUUUUGAGAUCUCAGACUGGCAGCAUUGCCUUGUAUCAUACAAUAUAAAAUGUCUAAAAUGCAUUUGAUUAAUGACAAGAAACAUUGGGCUGAGUAGUGCCUUAUCUAAAAUGUUAUUCAGCAAAAUUCCCAUAUCAAGAAGGUAAAUUUCAGAAUUUUACUGUCGUCUCCAGGAAAAAACACCAGAGAAUCCAGGGCAUUUCUUAAAUAUAUGAAGCAAAAUCAUUGCACAAGUAAACAGUUCCUUUUUAAAAAUCUCUAAUACACAUCUGCAAACACAAUGUAAGCAGUUGAGUGAUCCUCUGACUCCAUGUUUCCAAGUGCAGUAGAGCUGUCCCUGCUUACUUCUGUAUGAAACAAUUAGGUUUAGUUCUGAGAUUUUUGUAAAGUGUAUAUUAAGAAGUGGAAGAAAAUUGUCUUAAUGUUACUUCUGUGUAUUUCUGCACAAAGACAUUCAUCAUUUACAAUCCUUAAUAUAUUCUAUAGAGUCAUUCUUGGUAAACUAUGAAAUUUUGUUAAUUUUCUUCCCCAUAACUUCAGAUGUGUUAAUGAAUGCAAAGCAUACAUGAACUUUCUGCAAUAUAACUAAGACAGCUGUUGUUUUUAAUAACUGAUAUUGAGGGAUUUCUGUUCCUCCAUUUCCAUCCUGAACGGUAAAAAGAAUGUAUUAGGCAACCUACUGUUUCCUUUCAUGCACAGCAAUGAUCCCCAAACUAUUUAGCUCAAUGGAUCAGAUAGCCUGCUUUUAUAGCUCUCUCAUUUAUGGAUUUAUAGACAUUCCUUGGCUUGAUUUUGGAGGGCAGUUUGAGAAGAACUCAUUGAGCACUUCCUUUCUUUGUGUAUCCUUUCGCAAAGUAAAAAACUUGCUAUGGACUAAGGUCAAGAUGAUGGAGCAGCUCAGGCCUUUAGGGGUUAAAACACUGUUUUCAAAUUGCACAGCAAAGAAGGAAAAAACAAAUAAAUAAAUCCAGGGAAAUAGUUUUGGUAGAAACAGAAACCCCCAGCUCUGCUUCCAGGUUCGCAGAUUUGACAGUUUCUGAUUUUGGUGCAGUGUAAGUUUGGGGUUACGAAACAGUGAAAUUUGUUUAGGGUACUACUCUUGAUAGCAUAAAGUGCCCUUUAGACUGGGCAGAACUGGACACCAUUAAUCAUUGCAUUCCCACCUUAAUCUCUGCUCUCUGAUGUUUUAUGUGUUAGUUUUCCAGCACUGACAUUUUUAGAUUAUUUUUGAAAUACAGAUCCAGCAAAGUAUUUAGGUUCUUUACACAGACCUUAGAAAACUGGAUGCAUGGAAGGAAGUGUGAAAACAGCCAGAAUUUUGAAAAGAAAACAUCCUAGAGAUCUGUUCUUCCACCAUCAAGUUUCUGGAGGAUCUGAGGCAUAGGAUUCCUGCCUUGGCACCCAAAGAAGGUGGUGGUUGCAAACACAGUCAUAUUAUUUGGCACUUUAGUGUUGAAGCCAAGUCACUGUAGAGAAAGGAACCCAAAUUCGUGGGGCCAGAUUUACAGCCAGGGACAGUUUUGGGUUGCACAAAGGUCCAGUGCUGGUCUCAAAAAAUAAAGCCUCCAAAACCAACCUAACAAAGACAAAGCCCCUUUCCAAACUCUCUACUUAAUCUCAGUUGUUGACAGUCUUGUAUAGGUUUUCUGUGUGGUCGCUCAUAUCUAGAAGUCCUUACUCAGUGUCUCAUUUUCUCUUUAUUAAAAGAAUUUCUGAAGAACAGUAAAACAGUCUGUUCUGACAAGCUUUUAAAUGAUAAAUCAUGCCUAAAAGCUGUAGUUAAAAAAUUUUCCCAUAAACAUUGUGGCCUACUUCUCUAGCUAUUCCUUGACUGUCAACAGAACUUUCUUCCCACUUGCACUCUGGAGUCAGACCACAGCCUGGUAAGGGUAGUGUUCUUCAGAAAUGUACAGCUCCAUCCGCUCAGCAUACUCCUAAUUAAUGUCCUUGCAUCUGCUUUUGUGUAAAAUCUCUUCUGUUGUCCCUCUAGAUGAUCAGCUUGGCAGGGAGGAAAUUUUCAGCAUAUCUUAUUUUGUUCAAUACAACUUUUUGUUGUAUAUUAAUUCAUAUGGAGGGGGCAAGUUGAAGAGGAGUGCAAAAUUUGGCCCAGGGUGCAUAUGUAAUAGAGAGGAGUUAUGGAAUACAGCUUAACCAUGCAACUGAAUUCAUCUUCCAAGGGCUAGAGUUAGAUGGUGCUAUUCAAAGGAGUGAAGUUUAAACUGAAGGGAGUUUUUUUGGUUGAGUGUGUUUUCAUCCAUGGAUUAUGCCUACUACAAAUAAAAUUCACCAUAUUCACUAACUCAUCCUUUCUAUUUUCUAGCUGCUGGUGGGUGCAACUUACUGCAGGAUCUGUGGGUUCGUAAGAAACUGCACAUGUUAUCUGGCUUAUCUGUUGAAACUUAGUAAAUGUUGUAAGUUAUCACCAAAUGUAUUAUUGUACUGCUCAGUUUUUAGGUACUGUUCUUGCUGCAGCUAUUGAAAGCAAUAAGAGAAGUUUGAUGUAUGUUAAAAAAUGCAGUGGUUUGGUUUUUAUAUAAAUUGUGGAUUUGUUAUUUUUGCUGUAUAAAAUAAAACUGUAUUAGAUCUUGUGAGAAAGUUUGGGAGGUUGAUCCACAGGAGGUGAUGAGAUCCUUCUGCUCCACACCUUUGAGAUGGUUGGUAUCCCUGACAAUCAGGCAAUCUUGUAUUUAUGUUACUGGUAUUUUAUUAGUUCCAGUACUGGAAAAACAUACCACAUGUAUGAGGUAUUACAAUAAGCAGAGCUGCUAAAUGCUUGAAUUUAUUGUUUGUUUUGAUAGGGCAUUAGUGAUUUCAGAAUGAAGAAAGGUAUCUUGUAUGUUAGAAUUACUGCUGUCUUUCAGAUUUUUGAGCAGAUUUUCCGUACUCAGGAUCAUUCCUGUUUUCUGCUUCACUUAGUCCAAAAAUUUGUAAUAAUGUUGGAGCAGCUCGAUGCACAAUUAGUUUCUUGUGUGUGUGUCUGUAACCGAUUUAGAUGGAUGUUAAUAAAUCAUACUUGCA